UGGGGCCGGGAAGGGCCGGGAGGGGCCGUGCCGCUCCCCGCGCUCCCGCGAGGAGAGCGGAUCGUGAGCGCCCUGAGGGCGGCUCGCGCCCGCUGUGGCGGUGUCCCCGCCGCCAGUUUGUCGUGGUGUAUCUCAGCAUGGCGGCAGAGCGGCCCGCGCUACAGCCCCUUGCCCCCAAGCCUCCGGCCUGUGGACUCUGCCGCCGCCUCCCUCCCGCGCUGCGCGGGGGAAAGCGCCGGCCACUCCCAGGUCCGGCUGCUUGGGGUGGCUGCUGCCGACUAUGGGCGCCAUAAUUCUUUAAUGAAUUAAACGUUCAGUAAGAUUAGAGGGAGGGGGUUUGGGGUUUUUUUCUCCUGUAGGCUUAGGGGGAAGUCGCGCCGUGUGGAGGCUGGCUCUGAGCUCAGAGGGCUUUGGCAAUUGCCAGUGAAAGAUCCUUUUCGUUCUUGACAAAGGUUGGCUCCCGGUAUCAGAGAAAGGAGAAUACAGUAUUUUGGGUGGAGUGCUCAGCUUCCAGACUUCACUUUGUUCUUCACAACUUGGAGGGAUAUGAAGGCAAUUGGAAGAGUGCUUUGUGCUACAGGAAUUGUAGCUGGGCUCAUAGCUUUCUUCUGGAAAGACCCUUUUAUCCCAGAGAGCUUGUCUGGUGCCCGUGUUCUCCUGACUGGAGCCAGUGCUGGGAUUGGAGAGCAGAUGGCAUAUCAUUAUGCCAGAUUUGGUGCUGAAAUUGUUUUGACUGCUAGGAGAGAAGCUGUGCUGCAGAAGGUGAUGGAGAAAUGCCUGACACUUGGAGCAAAGAAAAUAUUUUAUAUCCCUGCAGAUAUGUCUUCCCCUUCAGAACCUGAAAAGGUGGUUCAGUUUGCUGUCCAAAAGCUGGGGGGACUGGAUUAUCUGGUCUUGAACCACAUUGGCAUGACCCAUUUCCAGAUGUGGACAGGAGAUGUGGAAUAUACCCGCUGGCUCAUGCAGGUGAAUUUCUUCAGUUAUGUGGCACUUACAACAGCAGCUCUUCCCACCCUGGAGAAGAAUAGAGGCUCACUGGUGAUUGUUUCUUCCCUCACAGGGAAAAUACCCACUCCCUUCACCACUUCUUAUUCUGCCACCAAGUUUGCACUGGAUGGAUUCUUCAGCUCAUUGCGCCACGAACUCAUCAUGCAGAAGAGAAACGUCUCUAUCACACUGUGCAUCCUGGGUCUGAUUGAUACUGAUACAGCAUUACAGAAUACCAGGGGCAAAGUGCACAUAAGUGCUUCGCCUGCUCCUGAAGCCGCACUCGCCAUCAUCCGGGGAGGUGCUACACGGGUGCAGGAGGUUUUCUACCCCUGGUGGCUGCAGCAGGUGUGCUGCCUCUGGGUUUUGUUCCCCAGCAACCGGGGCCAGGUUUUAAGGAGUUACUAUAACUACAGCAGCCCUUAAAAGAUGCCCAGUUUGUCUCCUCUCCCAUCCUAUAUCCCUUUUAACUACAUUCCCACCAUCCCACUAAGCCUCCUAUUGGUGUCAAGCAGGAGCAGGGCAGCAGUGGUGGCAAAGUAACUUUAGCUCUUUUCCUAAGACUGCUCUUGGUUUCCCUCUCAUCCUGCUUUAGCCAUGGUUCUGAUGUUGCUAGCUGUGAGUUAGAGAUCUUCACUGUCUUAGCCCUCUGUCUUAGCCCUCCUCCCAUCUCCCCUCCUUCAGCCUCACCUGGUCUGCUUUUACUACAUCCAGCCUUCUCUCAGCCCUAGCUUUAACCUCUGUCUGCACACUCCUGGGACAUCCUGCUCCACUGCUUUUUCGAUUCUGUGAACCUUCUUAUUUCAUAUAAGUAGAAUUUUAAUCUCUGUUUUAAUUAAAGUUUUUUUAAUGUGUUGGUAUUACAUGUUGAUGCUUCCUCUAUGAAAGAAUACUGGUCACUUGGAUUCUGUGGGCAUAGGCCUGUUGGCAGACGUUUGCUGACUGCAUGGGACCUGUUAAAUCAGCCCCAGGGCUCUGGUGAUGUCUUCAAGUGCAAGCAUUGUGCAGUAAGUGAAAGCAGGUGCAACUAACAACAUAAAGUAGAGCCCCAGUUACUUAGCAAGUAAAACUUUUAUUAAAUAAAUUCAGGAUUUUUUUUUUGACCAGAGUGAGGAAUUUGACAUUGACAAAGCUUGUAUCGCACCUGCAACAUUGUACAGUCACAUCAGUAACUGUGAUGGAAGAAAUCGUAAAUGCUUGUUUAAAACCAGCUUGACCUAGGAUUUCCAAAGUCCUUUUUUUCCCAUUUUGCAUUUGUUGGUCUUUUUUCUUUUUUUUUUUUUGUUUUGUUCAAAAUUAGACUAAGUUUAAACUUCAUGAAAUUACUUGUAGCAGAAAUAAAGUACAUUAUACAAAUCACAUACAUAAUAGAUGUUAAGUAUAAAAAUGGUAUUUACAAUAAGUAAACAUGGACUAUAGAAACACACAGACUCACACAGCUUCAUUCAUCUCUCGUAAACUCUCAGCAUCAGAUACAGAAGGGUAGUUGAGGAGAUGUGAAGGUACUUAUAGAACUGUGCCACAUACACCUGAACAAAGGGAAACUGGAGGAGAGUGAGAGUUGGCCAAGAUUCUCUAAAAUCCCCAUAGCUCACUUCAGUAAUAAUUGCAUCAACCUUUCCCCACCAACCCUUUAUUCAUGUUUCACUGCACACACACCCCCACACCCACUCACCCACCCAAAUGUUUGUGGUACCUUAUCAAACUCUGGAAUAUUGAAAUUAAUCAGUCAUUAAUCACUGUGGAGUUGGCUGGUUUGUUCUGUCUUGCUUUCCUUAUUUUUGUAGAAACUUAAGAGAUUGUUUCCAACUGUUAAAGGGAUGUGCCUUGUCAGCGUGACACCCCCCCCACUCCCAGAGGAUCUUUUCUAAAUCAAAUUCUGAACUACAUUCUGUGCAUAAGAGUAUUGUGCAUAUAGCUGUCCAUAUAUAUAUAUAUAUAUAUAUACAUAUAUAUAUAUAUAUACAUAUGCUGCAUAAUGUAUUAUCAGUCUCUUGGAGGGAGUGCUGGGAAAAAUGAAAAAACAGAAUGACAACCCUCUUUCAUCAUAUUAUCCUUGCAUCUGCUGGGGAAAGCUUUGCAAAUGGGUGCGUGAGGUGAGUCUUCUUGCUGAAUUCAGAGGGAGAAAACGUCCUGUUUCAUCUGGGAAUAAGUACAGCUCACUAAGCAGCUCUGCUAUGUCGUUCAACCCCCUCAACACAUUUUACAGCUUAUGGAAAGCGUUAGCUUAUCUGACACGGGGAGGCAGUGUGUAGCCCCCAGGAGGAUUCUGUAACUGUUUUGAAGAUUGCAUCUGCUUACACUGUUAUCUUCUCUUGCCUUCAUCAAGAAAAUGCUGUUACCAUGGAGAACUAUGAAACACAGAUCUGUGCCAUGUGUGGGGAGGCAGUACAGUUCCUGUAGGUAAAGUGACUGGUUUCCUGUGCUCUCAGUCUAAUCGGGGAGUUGUCAGGAUGGGGUCUGGCACCAAAUUCCAGGAGCUUUGUCUGCAGAAGCCCUGGGAAAGGUAAGACUGAGAGCUCUUGAGAUCCUUAACCAGGCUGGUGCUACAGUGGAUGAGUGACUCGAGCUGAGCAUCUGACUGUGCCCUAAUCCUGGAGGUAUGUAUUUCUCCUCCUUCUUGCUAAUGUUGAGCAGAGAGAUGAUCCUCUCUUUCUCCCUACCCUCUGCCACCCUCCCCCUCUCUCUCCCCAAGCAUCCUCUCAAAAUGUUCAGGCCUAUCUGCAGUGUGUGCUGAGAAGACACUGUUGCAAAGGUAAACCCCAAACGUCCAAUACCUCUUGCAAGCAGUCAGUCUGAAAAGUUUGGUCCUGUGAGCCACUUUAAAAAAAAAUAGAGACUGUAUAUAUAUGUAUAUUUGUCUAUGAAAAGGCCAGAAACGGAGCAAGAGGGAGGGAGGGAUGGGACUAAACUUCCAUACAUCACUGCAUUAACCUAGAGACACACCAGUGGGUUUUCUUGGUCCACAUACCCCAAGAGGAAGAGGUUUAUGUCCCCAGGGGCUGCUGGUUUGCUGGUCCCUUUGCUAUGCACCACAUUAGCAGCAAAUAUGAGUCGGUCGUGGCAAGAAUCUUCCUCCUGGGCAGAUAUUGAGCCUUCUCUUUAAUUGCGUGUCUUGGAGAGGAGGGGAAGAGGAAGAUAGGGUGGGUAGGUGGGAAGCAGAGGAAAGAAAGGGGUGGUGUCAAAAGAGUCGAUAAAUUUACUGGCCUUUCUGUAAAUCAACCUGAAGCAGAAAUUCUUCCUCUGGACUUUCCUUUCACCUGAACAGAAAGGGAGGAGGGAGGGAAUUGGGAGAUUAGGAGGACAUCUAUGCAAGCCUCAGGGUUUGAGUUGCUGUUACUUAAACAUGAAGGACUAUGACCCAAAUCAGAUCAGCCGUCCCUUGCUCCCUGUCUGUAGGCUGGCAGAAGCCAGCUCUUUGGCAGCAGCUGUUGUGUCAGGCAGCUCUUCUGUGGUCCUUAAGGGUCUCACCUUUUCUCUGCUUAUCUGUGAUCCCUGUGAAUCAUGGGAUUAUCCCUUCUUACCCCAGAAAGCAUUCUCUGCAGACUAACUUCAGGCCCAUGUAACAAUUGAAAACUGGCUUUUAAAACCUUUUUAGGCAGACAAAAGCUUUGGGGGAGCAGUUGGACAGUAGACUGAAACCUUGCUUAGACCACAAACAGAACCCAUCUGCCUGUCAGGGCCCUGAGUGCACUAAAAGGCCUUAAUGAACUUGACCAGCCUCACCUGCAAUUUCUGUCCACCCUGCCCACAAGUUCAAGUCUCAUUAUAGCUCAGGCCUGUGUCAUCAGCCUUUGUCUGAUCUACAUUGUGGAAAUUCCAAUCUCCACCUGUCCACGGACAUGUCCUGUCCAUGGAUCUAAUUACCUGGACUUCAACCCUUGGAUUGUCUUCCCAUCUUGAUGUUUGAUCUGUUUACUAUUGACAUUAUAGACCUGCCUGGCAAUCACUGCACUAUGUUUGACCCUAUUUACCUUCACCAGAUGUGAUCCUGAUCUUGACCUGCAAAUUGACACUCUGGCUUGCCUUUGGGCUUGCCUCAUUGCCACGAAUUUGCCUGAUGAUCUAGACUGUUGAACCUGGCCAUCAUCUCUGGGCCUGCUCUGGUCACCUUGCUCGGGUGCUGGGGCUGGGCCCUGGCAGGUGAGGCCACUGCCCCACUAGCUGUACUAUUGCCUUCAGCUCGUGGCUCCCCACUUCCAGACCUUGCUGUCCUGACACUGGCCAGCACUGUACAGAACUGUGCUAUGAUGGUGCCAGCUUUACCUUGUGCUGCAGAAGUGACUCCUGCUUGUUUACUGCUGUCAGUAGGGAUGGUUAGCAUCCUUGGGUCGUUUUAACUGAACCUUCAAGCGUUUCAUGCCAAUCUGGAAGCCAUUCAUAGCCUGGAUAGCAGUCUGUGCACUGGAUGGGUUGUCAAAGCUUACAAAACCUGAAGGACAGGACACAGGCAUGGAUAACAACGGCACUGUUGGUGCCAUGCCCAGUAAUAACUGUCAUCAGUAUCUAUCAUGCUUCCCUCACCUGCUGGUGUCAGCACUUACCAAAACACUUGCUCUGGUUGGUGGCACGAUCCAUGAAUACCUUAGAGGAAAUGAUAUUGCCAAAGGGCAGAAACAUCUGCAUCAACUCGUUGUCUCCAAACUCCUGAGGGAGAUGGUAGAUGAAGAGAUUGCAGCCUUCAGGACCUGCAGAUAUGGGGGCAGUGGGGAAGGACAAAACAGAAAACCCCAAAGGGAAGGGGAAGAAAAAUGGGCUCAACUCAUAGCACAGCACUGGAGGAGAACCCUAGCACUGCCUCCGCUCCCCAAAGGAUUCUGAUUCUGAGGGCUGUCUAAGAGCAACUGGGAGGUAAUAUACAAAGCUCAAGUUUCUGGAGAGCAGCUUCACUUUCAAAGCUUAUCUAGUUCCCAGAUAGGGUGCUGGACACAACAGCUCUACGAUGGUCUGGGUGCUAUUUUGAUGGAAGGAACUCAGCUGAGGUAAGAGUUCCUUGUUCAUAGCUCUCCCAGUCCUAGGAGAGCAGCAGACACUGCUACGUGAAAGCUGCUCCUCUGGCAUUCCCUGCCCACAGUUAAGGCAGUGGUUGCCUUCAGUCCAUAAGCUACAGCCUUAAUCCUCGCCUGCCAUACAUCCCAUUUAUGGGCUGACCUGGUCCUGUCUACUCCUUCACUUGCUCCUUGUGAGCCUGAUGAGCACAAGAAGCUGCUCCCUCCCUGACACCUGCUGUAAGAAUCAGGAGCAGAGAGAGAAUGCCUUUGCCUCCAAAUUCUAUUUAGGCCAAUUUUAAAAUAAGUUGAAAAAUAAACUCGGAAGGCUAUGAAGGCUGAAAAGAGAGGAAAGUACAUUGGGAGAGGCUAGUUUGACUGGUACCACUGUGGUUCUGGCAUCAGUAAAGACAGAGAGGGAGUGCUCUUUUCCCCUGACUGUGUAGGGAAGGUGCUGACUCUAUCCCUUGGAUGUGAAAGCUUGGUGUUCUGGUGCCUACUGUCCCCUUUGUACCUGGCAACAUCUGGUCAGGGACAAGCUCAGGAAUUAUGCAUAACAAGCAUCCUGUGAACUUUUCUAGUCCACUCACGGCAGAGAUGUGGUUGUUUCCAUAGCCCAGUUCCAGUAUCAAAGAUUAGUGGACAAAAAAUAGUGCUGUCUCCUCUCCAUUGGUUCUGUGGUGCAGAAGAUGAGCUACACAAAUCCCACCCAUGUCUUGGGACACACAUAGUCCCACUCUGAACCUCACCUUCUCGUUGCUGCUGCUGCAGGAUGGGAGGCUGCUGAGGGAUGCUCUGUGCAAUGGGGGUGAUGGUGGUGGUCGGAUACACAGCUGCAGUCCAGAGAUAGAACAAACCAUUUACCUGAGGAUCUGGUCAGCCACACAAGGGCCUGAGGGAGACAAGGGAAGCUGGUACCUGCAUACUGCUGAACUCCUGUGAAGGUUGGGUGCAAAGUCUCUGCUACUGAAGGGCUCUGGGCUGCAGAGAAAAACGUAAUCAGAAUCAGUCGUGCAUUUCGUGUGUGUGUGUGUAGUGUUGUUUCCCACCCCCUGCCCCCAAGUUAGUCUCAGUGCCUGGCAAGGAGCUAGACAAGUAUUCUCUGUGGGAAAUCCAGAAAAGAGGAAUUAAUUGCAGUUCCUCAGGUCUCUGGAUGGUGGGGAGUUCUCCUGCUCUCAAUACCUGAAUAUGGCACAAGGCCAUUGGUGUAAACUGUUUCCAAGGCUGGAUGCCCAUUUGGGAAUGGUACCACUCCAGUAAAUCCAUUUGAAAUCGGUGCUGCAAGUCCCGGCAUGGCUGCUGUUCCCAGGAGAGGUGGUGAAUGUAGCCCUGUAGGACAAGAAGAGAGGGCAUCCCGUGAAAGUCAAGGUCCCACAAUGCCCAUGUUCCAACCUUCCAUCUGCCUGGCAAGGCUGCUGUGUAUGAAGCUAUUAUCUCUUCUAGUUGGCAUGUGGAGAUGACAGACUAGUGCUGGAGCCUUCACAAAAUUAAGAGGCAGCACUAGUGAGAAGAGUGUGCAGCACUGCUAGUCCUAACUGCUCUCAGAGCUUUGGGAUGGAACAUUUUUAAUCUGGGUUUGUGCAGCACCUAGCAUGAUGCAUGCCUGUUCUUGACGGGCGUUCAACCCCAAAAAUGCAUUAUUACUGUGGGAUGAUGAUAAUAAUAGCACUGCUGACCUCAGAGUCAAGUGCAGUCCUGGGAACCCUGUCCUUCUAACUAUAUCAAAGGGAAAAACUGCAGCGAAAAUGAACAACAGUAGGGCAAGAGAAUGUAUAUUGAGCAUGUGAGGGUGACAGGGAGGUUGCAGAAGUUUAUGCAGACUAGAGACUGCUGUGCUCAGAGGCUCCAUUGUUAGAAAAGAGCAAACUAAUCCACAUGCUGCUGUAGGAACUGUUUUACCUGGGUGGGCACUGUGCCAAGUGCUGGGGCAGGAGGCUCACUGGCAGUGAAGGACCUGCUGCAUCCAGGCCCUCACCUGAUGCUGGUGCAAUGGGAGCAGCUGGCAGCCCGUUGAGACUGACGGCACCGAUCUGCUGGAUGUGGCAUGGGGAGAAGGCGACGCCUGGGUUCAGGUAGCUGCCAUGGGAAGCGGAGAGAACCGUCGUCUGCUGCUGCAUCAGCUGCAAGGCAGGACCGUGCAGUCAGGGCCCAAUGCUGCCCAGGGCCUCCUGUUGCCAGGGCCCAUGGUGGUUGUGCCGGAGCUGGGGGAGGCUGCACAGGCCAGCCCAGCCACUGCCUUCACCUGCCACAGCCAGGACCAGGGCCAAGCUGCAGCCUUGUGACCUCCCCCACCCCCAGCUGCCAUUGUGCAUCACCGAGCUCCUGCCACCUGCCCUGGAGCUUCCCAUGACACAACCAGGCCUGCCAGGGUGGGCAGCAGCAGCACCAUCCUCUGAAGGCCUAUGCUGUGCCCGGCUGGCAGUCCCCAUGCCCAGUGGCCCACAGAUCCUGGCGGCCAUGUACCCAUGCAGUGGCUGCCCGUCGAGGCAGGACAGUGGCCUGGGCCCGGCCACAUGUGAAAGCCCCCGAGAGCCGGGCACAGCUUCCCAUCCUUCAGCCAGGGGACAUGGCUCAGUGGGCAUCCCAGUCCACACAGCCAGUGCCAUGGCUGGGCAGCCCUCCCUACGUCUCACCCUCCAAAUGCCGGCAGCUUGAGGGGUUUUGGCUCACUCAGCCGUGCACCGGGGCAUCGGGAUGGGCCCCUUUGGCUCAGAGAGCUCCUGCAAUAAGGAAGAGAGCAGGGAAGGGUUGUGCUCCUGGCACCCAGCAACACCGUCUCCCCACAGGCCUUUCUCUCUGAUCACUUCUCCUGGGACAGUGCCAGGUAUUAAAUAACACAGCUUUGCCUUGAGGAACAGGGUCCAAAUUCCUCUGCUUUUGCCCCACCUCAACAAGCAGAUCAUGCUGCUGGGAGAGCUCACUCUGGCACAGGCACCCUGCUGUGCAACUGGGUGUCUGUCCAGGCCCAGCUCUUAUGUCAUGCUUUGCAGCAGAGGUCUGCUCCAUGAUCCACUGAGCUCAGCCCUUCCUCUGGCAGUGGCCUGCACUCUGGGAUCAGAGGAUGUCAGCUCCUCAUGGUCCCACCAUAACACACCUGCCCAGGCAGAGAUGCACAGUACAAAAGGAAGGGUGGGGGUGGGACACGAGGUUGGGAGGAGGGUUAGGAAUAAGAAGAAAAAAAUCCUUCUGGUCCUAUUUGACCAUCAGCGGGUGCAGUGGCAACAAAGACUUAGUUCUGGAUGCAAAAUUAUCCAGCCCCUUUAUAAGCCUUGUCUUUCCCAUCAAGGAAGAACAGCAGGGGAGGCACAGGUAUGGCUCUUUGGAAACUGUGGUUUUCUCAGGAGGUGCUGAGGGGUGACACAAGGCAAAACCAAAGAAAACAACAGAAAUCUUCCUUACAUUGCCACAUCCCACUGUCUGCUUUGCAACAUACACAGCUUUCAAGUAACCUACCUCAUCCACAAAUGGGUGAGUCAGUAAGCCAGUUUGGCCCAGGUCUCAGCUGAAGAAUCUGGUAACUCUGAAAAGUUCAUGGCUAGCUAAACCUUCUCUUGAUUUCCUUCACACAGAAGCUGAUAAUUAUUCUUGCAUAAAAAGAGGAAUUUCAUGGCAUUGCUGUUUCUGUAACCUGGUAUAAGCAAAGCCACUGAGGUGAAACUUGCUCUGCAAUGCACUGCUGGGACAGGGUUGAGGCCUUUUUAGGGAGAGGUGGACACCACAAAAUGGGGUCUCCAUGGGCAGAUGGACUGACAGCACAGGGGUUCACUGCUGCACAACUCCAGAAAGCAAGUGCCCUGCCAUCACCUCUCUGCCACCACAUCAUCUUUGGCACAACUCUCCUGAAGCUGGACUCACAUUACUGGGAGCCACUCACCCUAAGCCAGGACUGGGGCGAAAUGUGGCCUUCCUGGGAGCACAGGACUGCUGAGGAAAGUGUCUCUGUGCAAGCAGCCUGCACAUAUUCCUAGUCCUGUCUUCACACUGUCCCCAUUCAAGGGUGCAGAAACUAACACGUUCCGUACUCACUAUGUGAAUAUUGAUUUUCUUUUUUGUCAUUAAUGCCUGUUCUGUGCCAGGCUCUGGCUGGACCAAGACUUGCAUCCAACUGCAUAUGCACCAAACUGACAUUCUGAAAUUGUUCUCAUUACUUACAUAAAAUUACCAUAAUGAACCAUAAGAGCAGAAAGAAAAGGCGUGGAGGUGUGAACAAAUUAUAUUUUGUGUUUGGAACUAACUAACAUAACUGACUUAUGAUAUACAAGAAAUAUUCAAGCAUUAUAAACACUUAGUAAAUUGCACUGGCUGCUUUUUAAAACUUCAGGCCUCUUUUGUAUUGAUAAUUAUUAUUUUUUUUUCAGCUCUCCAACAUUUCCCCGACACCAUCUGAACUAACUUGUUGAAUGAAAUGAAAUUAAGGAAAUACUAACUUUUCACUUGCAGAGGCACCUGGGAUCAAAACCUGGUUUAAGCAUUGCAAUAAAUUCCUUCCAGAUGUUUA